AUGUCUUCCACCUCCUCCCGGUCCCGGAGCCUCAGCCUCCUGCAGCUCUUCCUCCUCAUGCAGCUCUUCCUCCCUCCCGGCCUCCCCCACCCGCAGCCGUGCCUCCUCCUGCAGCGGAUCGGGCACAAGGUGCGCGUCGGGGCGCUUCUCCCGGCGCAGCGGGGGGUCCGGGUCCGGGUCCAGGCGGCGCUCAACCGGGCGGUGGAGGAGAGGGACAACCGGGAGAACCGGGACCCGGAGAGGGAGAAGGACCGGGACCCGGAGAUGAGGACAAACUUCUUUCUCCCGUACAACUUGAGUCUGGAGCUGGUGUCCCGGCAGCCGGCGGCGGCGGACCCGGACUCGGUGCUCCGGUGCGGGUGUGCGGGUCUCGGGGCGUCGGGGGUCUCCGCGGUGCUCGCGUUCCCGCAGAACCGAGAGGAGCUGCUGCAACUGGACCUCAUGUCCUCAUUCAUGGAGAUCCCGUUCAUCAGCGUCCUGGAGCAGGGAGAGCCUGUCCAAACACAGAACCAGUUCCACCUUCAGAUGGCGAUGGCGGUCCCAGAGUCCGCUCUCUCCGCCCUGCUGCUGACGGUUCUCCAUCGGUCCGGUUGGAGGGAGGGAACCGUGGUUCUGUGUCGGGGCUGGGAGGAGGCGGGGGGGCUCCUGAGGAUCUUGGACGGGGGAAGCAGUGCAUCAUGGGACGGGGGAAGCAGUGCAUCAUGGGACGGCGGGGGGGUGUCAGAGGACAGCUGGCAGGUCCGAGCUCUUCUGAAUCUGACCCAGUUAGCUCACGACGACACUCAGAUCCACGACUUCUUAUCCAAGCACUUCAAACACAACCGUUCCUCUGCGGCGGUUCUUCUGUUUGGUUCCGACCCACAGUGCACGGCGGCGGUUCUGCGCGGCGCUCAGGACCUGGGCCUCACAUUACCCAUGAUGCACUGGGUGUUGGGUCAGCCUCUCAGCCCUGAGGCUCUGCAGAACAUCGGGCUGCCUCUGGGUCUGCUGGCCUACGGCCCGGUGGAGCAGAACCCGCUCGACUUCUACGUGCGAGACGCCCUGCAGCUGGUCCGACGCGCCAUCGCUGCUGCGGUUCUGCUGAGACCCGAACGGGCUCUGAUCCAGAACCACGUCAACUGCUUCGAUCACAAGGAGGCGCUGCAGACCUCAGGGCCGUACCUGUCCAGCUUCCUGUCCAACACGUCCUUCACUGGUCUGACGGGUCCGGUCCGGGUCCUUCAGAACCAGGUGCUCACGGAUCAGCGGUUCCACGUCUGGAGCCUCCGGAGGGACGCAGUGGGGCAGCCGGCCUGGGUGACGGUGGGCCGCUGGGAAGGGGGGCGUCUCCAGGUGGAGGAGCAGGGCGCCUGGCAGGGACCCAGACCCCCCCCCAGACCUGAGGGAGGGGGCGCCAGAACACAGAGAACCCCCUGGAAACCCGGGUUACCAGUAUCCGGUACCAGAGUCCGGGUGGUGACGCUGGUGGAGCAUCCCUUCGUGUUCACGCGGGAUGUGGACGAGGAGGGAAGCUGUCCGGCGGGUCAGUUCUGUUUGGACGCGGGGACAAACAGCUCUGAGGUUCUGGAGCGGAUCUUCAGGGAGGUUGCAGGAGGAAACAGCAGCUUUUUACCCGCUGGAUUCGGACGAUGCUGCUACGGUUACUGCAUCGACUUGUUGGAGAAACUUGCAGAGGAUUUGGACUUCCAGUUUGACUUGUAUGUCGUCGGAGAUGGAAAAUACGGCGCCUGGAAAGGAGGUCGCUGGACGGGGCUUGUUGGCGAUUUGAUGAAUGGUUUGGCAGAUAUGGCCGCCACUUCUUUUAGCAUCAACUCAGCUCGUAGCCGCGUCAUCGACUUCACCUCGCCCUUCUUCUCCACCAGCCUGGGCAUCCUGGUGCGUAGUAAAGACACAGCGGCACCCAUGGGGGCCUUCAUGUGGCCCUUGCACUGGUCCAUGUGGGUGGGGAUCUUCGUGGCGCUGCACAUCACAGCGCUGUUCCUCACACUGUACGAGUGGAAGAGUCCGUACGGGAUGACGCCUCACGGGAGGAACAGAAUCAGAGUGUUCUCGUACUCGUCGGCGCUGAACCUGUGCUACGCCAUCCUGUUCGGACGCACCGUGUCCUCCAAGCCGCCGAAGUGCUGGACGAGUCGAUUCCUGAUGAACCUGUGGGCCAUCUUCUGCCUGCUGGUGCUGUCCAGCUACACGGCGAACCUGGCCGCCGUCAUGGUGGGAGAGAAGACCUUCGAGGAGGUGUCAGGGAUCCACGACGCCAAGCUGCACCACCCGUCUCGGGGGUUUCGCUUUGGGACGGUGAGGGAGAGCAGCGCCGAGGAUUAUAUGAAGAAGAGUUUUCCAGAAAUGCACGAGUACAUGAGACGCUUCAACGAGCCGACGACGCCUGAGGGGGUCGGCAAUCUCAAGACAGAUCCCCCCCAGCUCGAUGCCUUCAUCAUGGAUAAAGCUCUGCUGGAUUACGAGGUCUCCAUCGACGCCGACUGUAAACUGGCAACCGUCGGGAAACCAUUCGCCAUCGAAGGUUAUGGUAUCGGCCUGCCGCAGAACUCGCCCUUGACGUCCAAUAUUUCCGACAUGAUCAGCAGAUACAAGUCUGAGGGUUUUAUGGAUCUUCUGCACGAUAAAUGGUACAAAGUGGUUCCCUGUGGAAACCGCGUGUUCGCCGUCACCGAGACGCUUCAGAUGGGCAUCAGCCACUUCUCGGGCCUGUUCCUGAUGCUGUGUGUCGGCGUGGGGGGGGCGCUGCUCACGCUGGUCGGGGAACACGGGUUCUACCAGCUGGUUCUGCCUCACAUCCGGCGCCGGCAGAACCUCAAGUACUGGCUGCACACCUCACAGAAAAUCCACCGCGCUCUGAACAUGACGUAUGAAGACGUGAAGCGUCAGCGUGCAGAGAAAGAGAAGAGCUGUAACCUGGAGAAGCCCCCGCCCCCCCCAGGACCCCCAGGACCCCCGGGACCCCCCGGUGUUGCGACCAGGUGGAACAACGAGGACGCUGCCGCCGUUGCUAACGACGUGCGAGACUUCAAACGAGUCCACUUCCACCUGGAGACGCUCAACACGCGGCGCCUCCUCGCCCGCAUGGCCGCCUCCGACGCCAAAUCCAAACCUGAGGGGGAGGGGCCUGCCAAACCAAACACGGGGCCAAAAUGUGGGCCAAUAUUUGGGCAAAAAACGGGGCCAAACACGGGGCCAAACAGCAGACUUGUUGCUAACGGAGGUCCAGCGGCGUCGCUAGCAAGUCUGGUGCUCUCCCGACAAUCAGCUGCCCGGACUAAUGCCCCGCCCCCUAUCGUUGUAGCUCCGCCCCCUGUAGUUGUAGCCCCGCCCCGUCCCGGCGAGCUACUGGAGCUUCAGGAAGAAAUUGAACAGAUGCGUGAAAGGCUGAGAACGGCUCUCGCUCGUCGGGCCGAAAUCCAAACAACGCUGACCAACCCUGUUGCCCCGGAGACAGACAACCUCUCAACAACAACAACAACAACAACAACAACAACAAUAGAAGCCCCACCCACAACUUCCCCGCCCACUGUGACUCCGCCCACAGUCACUAUCGCCCCGGUAAUGCCCCUCCCAGCCAACACGAAGUGUGUGACCACCAUGACGACCCCCCCUCACAAAGUCCUGUCCAAAGUCCGGCCCUUCCAGAGCAGACUGACCAAUCAGAGGAGGUGA